CGGAUCCAUACCACGGGACGAACAUUCAUCCCACCCACAAACCAGAACGAUCGAUUUUGUGAUCUUUAUUGAGUACGGGACUCAUAUAUAUAGAAGCCAGAACGGAUCAAGAGAUGAUGCAAGAGGGCAUCGUGCUGCAAUUGCACUCUCUCCCUGUGUGCGCAUCAGGUUAUAUACCGGAUUCCUUCUGCCUGUGUUUCCCAGCAUUCUGCGUCUCGGGCCUGAAUAUCCCAUUCAUUCCUUCAACCAUCACACAUGAACCCACUCGUGAUGCAGUAUCGAGUGACAUCAUGCAAGUAAUGCCGUAA